ACGCUGAGAGGUGAAAUGGCGCAGAAAGGAGUUCAGCUGGACAGAGAGAGUUUCUCUUGUUCCAUAUGUCUGGAUCUACUGAAGGAUCCGGUGGCUACUCCCUGUGGACACAGCUACUGCAUGAAGUGUAUUGAAGAGUUCUGGGAUGGAGAGGAUCAGAAGAAGAUCCACAGCUGCCCUCAGUGCAGGAAGACCUUCACGCCGAGGCCUGCUUUGCAGAAAAACAUCAUGCUAGCAGCUUUAGUUGAGCAGCUGAAGAAGAGUGGACUCCAAGCUGCUCCUGCUGAUCACAGCUGUGCUGGACCUGAAGAUGUGGCCUGUGAUGUCUGCACUGGAAGAAAACUAAAAGCCAUCAAGUCCUGUUUGACGUGUUUGGUCUCUUACUGUGAGGAACACGUCCAGCCUCAUUAUGCUGUUGCUCAGUUAAAGAAACAUCAGCUGGUGGAGCCCUCCAAGAAGCUCCAUGAGAACAUCUGCUCUCGCCACGAUGAGGUGAUGAAGAUGUUCUGUCGCACUGAUCAGCAGAGCAUCUGUCAUGUCUGCACGGUGGAUGAACAUAAAGGCCACGACAUCGUCUCAGCUGCGGCUGAAAGGAGAGAGAAGCAGAAGGAGCUCCAGGUGAGGAGAGAGGACAUCCAGCAGAGAAUCCAGAGCAGAGAGAAAGAUGUGAAGCAGCUUCAGCAGCAGCUGGAGGCCAUCAACGUCUCUGCUGAUAAAACAGCGGAGGACAGUGAGAAGAUCUUCAGUGAGCUCAUCCGGCUCGUCCAGAAAAGAAGCUCUGAAGUGAAGCAGCAGAUCAGAUCCCAGCAGGAAACUGAGGCCAGUCGAGUCCGAGAGCUUCAGGAGAAGCUGGAGCAGGAGAUCACUGAGCUGAAGAGGAAAGAUGCUGAGCUGAAGCAGCUCUCACACACAGAGGACCACAACCAGUUUGUCCACAACUACCAGUCAGUGUCAGCACUGGGUGAGUCUCCACACUCAUCCAGCAUCGAUGUUGCUCCUCUGAGAUCCUUUGAAGAUGUGACAGCAGCUGUGUCACAGCUCAGAGACAAACUGCAGGACACCCUGAGAGACACGUGGACAAACAUCUCACUGAGAGGGGCUGAAGGUUUACUGUCAGAACCAGAACCAGAACCAGAGAGCAGAGCUGACUUCUUCAGAUAUUCAUGUGAGAUCACUCUGGAUCCAAACACAGCUCACAAACACCUGUUAUUAUCUGAGGGGAACAGAAAAGUAACACACUUCCUUCAAGAUCAGUUUUAUCCUCAUCAUCCAGGGAGGUUCACUUCAUGUCCUCAGAUUCUGAGUAAAGAGAGUCUGACUGGACGUUGUUACUGGGAGGUGAAGUUGGGAGAAACGGGAGGUAGAGUAGCAGUCGCAUACAAGGAUGUGGAUAAAAAAAGGAGUGUAUUUGGAUUUAAUGAUAAAUCCUGGUCUUUAGUUUGUUACCUAAACAGUAAUCAGUUUCUUCACAACAACAUCAGCACUCCCAUCUCAGAUCGUGUUUUGUCCAGAGUUGGAGUGUACCUGGAUCACAGAGCAGGUGUUCUGUCUUUCUACAGCGUCUCUGAGACCAUGACUCUCCUCCACAAAGUCCAGACCUCCUUUACUCGACCACUACAUGCUGGAAUAUUUCUCUAUAAGUAUGGAGCCACAGCUGAGAUCUGUAAACUGAAAUAAUUGUCUGUUCUUGUUUGUUGCUGGAAGUUUCUUGUUGUGUUGUCUCCACUGCUCAGAGAUCAACGUGUCCAACAGUUUUUGUGGACAUUAUUGUCCCAU